AUGGCACUGGCAGACGAGAGCGGUUACGAGUCAGUGAUCUGUGUAAAGCCAGAGGUUCAUGUGUACAAGAUCCCACCCCGCGCCACUAACCGUGGAUAUCGGUAAGUUUUUUUGCGGCCCGCCCUUUAAUACUUUUUCUUCUAACUAAGUUACUCAAAUGUCAACCUGAAGAAGUGGAGAGGAGGAUCCAUCAAGACAAGGUUGGUGCUAGUUAACGUUAGCUUGACAUGAUUCAGUUAUUGAAUGCAUAAAAUGGCGAGAAGAUUAAGAUUAUUUUGGGAAUAACGUUUUAAUUAAUUUAGCUAGUUAACUUUCAAUACGUGUUUUAUAAAGUGGCACUCUUAGGCUCUCUAGCUGCUAGCUAGCUGACGUUAGUUAGCUAAUUUGCUAGCUAGCUUCUAAUAUUAGCCAAAUGAGUUACGACUGGCGAGCUAGCUAGGUAAAUUAACUAGCUAUACAUCUGUAAUAGUUAGACUGAGAUAUGGUUAACUCAUAAAAGUUAAAAUAGGCAUGUCAGUAUUAUUUUCAAGCUAUGUGCAAUGCUAAACACUGCUGCUGUGUCAAAUUAUUUUACAGGAAACGUUAGCAGGGAGCACGGGACAUUCUACGGUGGCUCAAACGUGCAGUCAUUUAGUCAUGGUACUGGUGGUACAGUUAUGUCACAGAACAAUGACAGAUAUUUCACCGGAUGUAUAAAUGUGAAGCAUCCGCUUGGCGUUUUCACUCACUACCACAUAUGGUAGUGAGAGGAAGCCUAGUGGCCGGCAAUGGGAGAAGAUUAAACGAGAUGGAUUUUGGCCGAGAUUCGGCUAAUAUUCUCAUCGACUAAACAUUUGAUUUCAAUACAGUUUUCUGUUCCCAAAACUAGAACCGGUUACGAACAGAGUGGACUAAGUUUUGUAGACUUUCCCUUUGCCAAAGUUUGUAAAAAUAGCGUUGUUUAGAAUGAGUGCAAAGGCGAAUUGAGUUAUUGCACACGCGCACUUCACAUAGUAGGCGUUCCCUAACGGAGAUAUGCAAAUGCCUGCUAGAACGCGCCGAUAGGAUGCCGCUAGCUCGUGCUUUGCUCUGCCCACCUCCUUGCUUGUUCUUCCCACUAUGACUCAUUUGUUCCCAUUUGACACGAUGGGCUGAGGCCUAACUUGGUUUAGUAAUAAAACAUCUUUGGUUAUGUUUAUAGCUAGCUAACAUUACAGAGGAAAGUGGAAAAGUGUGUCUAGUGAAAAUCGAUCCUGGUUCUAAUGUAAGAUAUGUAGCUAAUACCAUUUAUAGCUAGAUCUGUAUUAUCUAAAGAGUACACAGACACAGAGAUCAUCAUUCAUUUCAAUGUGUCAGUUUUACCCAACUGUAAUUGUCCCAACUAAACCCCCAAAUGUUUCAGGUAUAAACCAAGUGUGCUAGCUUGCUCUGUGGUUGCCUCAUUGGGCAGAUUUCCCCCUCCUGAUAACAACCAAAAUGUAAAUAAUUCUAGUAGUCUGGUAGGGGGAGUCUUGUUUCUAAUAAGAAAAAGAAGGAUAUCUGUACUUAUGUCAAGAGUUGUAAAUUGUAUGCUCUUAUAUGUCCAAUAAAAAAUGAAUGCUUCUUUGGGCAACCAGAAAACUAAAAAAUACUCCUGAUUUGCCGGGUGAGAGUGUGCUUUUCAGACCUUAAUGUCAAUCCAUGUAUUCCCAUGCUCUUUAUGUAGCCUAAGACUCCUAUUCUGUUGCAUAGUUUGAGAUUGGACUAAUUAUUGCAGUACAGUUUGAUUGUGGGUUUUAGUGUAGUAGGCUCAAUAGCCCUGUAACAUAGUGGAGUCAUGACAUGCAGGUAUGGUGCUUCUCUUUGUUUAUCAGAGCAGCUGACUGGAAGCUGGAUGAGCCAGCAUGGACCGGCAGGAUGAAAAUCAUAUCCAUAGGAAAGCUUGCCUAUAUCAAGCUAGAGGACAAAAACUCAGGUAGGUUAACUACUAGCUGUCCGACGGUCAUGGCUACAUCUGUAGCUCAGCUGGUAGAGCACGGCGCUUGUAACGCCAAGGUAGUGGGUUGGAUCCCCAGGACCACCCAUACACAAAACAAAAAUGUAUGCACGCAUGACUGUAAGUCGCUUUGGAUAGAAGUGUCUGCUAAAUGGCAUAUUAUUAUUAUUAUUAUUAUUAUUAUUAUUAUUAUAAUAAUACUGCUGUUGCACUCAUGUUUGUACAGGCUGUCACCUUUUCUGCUUCCGAUGCAUACCAUGAUAUCCAGCUUUGAGGCUAAAUUAAUUCUGUAUUUCUUAGGAGAGUUGUUUGCCCAAGCCCCAGUGGAGCAGUAUCCUGGAUGUGUGGUGGAGGCAGUCACAGAUUCCAGCAGAUAUUUUGUGGUGCGGAUAGAGGACGGCAGUGGUAAGGUGCCUUCACAUCAGAAAUACAUCACCAUGCAAACUGAUAUGCUAUGCUGAAAAUAUAUUUUCGGUGGAAACCGUACAGUGUGGUAUGAAAGGUUAAUUGCAGAUUGGCAAUUUAAAUACAGUAUGCUUGUACAUAUGUCUUCUCAUGCACUUCUGUUUAUAAGGACGACAUGCAUUUAUUGGCCUGGGGUUUGCUGAUCGUGGGGACUCCUUUGACUUCAAUGUGGCUCUUCAAGACCACUUCAAGUGAGUCAACCUCUCUUUGGUCUGGGCAUCAACAUCCAUUUUCAAUAGAGAUUUUCACAUUGGAGCAUGAAAUAAAAUCUAACAAAUCUCUCUGUGUCCUUUUCUACAGGUGGGUAAAACAGGAAGGUGAGCUGGCGAAAGAGGAAGCGUCUCAAAGCACAGCACCCAAACUGGACCUAGGCUUUAAAGAGGGCCAGACUAUCAAGAUUAGCAUUGGGGUGAGCAUUUGAGGUUACAGAAAUAGAUGGGAAACAUGUUGAAAGGAGAGGAGAAACAAAAUGGGAUAAAGAAAAAGUGAGAGAGACAUUUAAAAUGGAAUAAUUCUUCUUUGUCUUAGAACAUAAAGAAGAAGGAUCCAGGUGCCAAGUCUCGCCCCAUGGGUAGUGGCCUUCUCCUUCCUCCACCAAUGGCUAAGGGUGCAGUCCUUGUAUCCCUUCCUGGUGGCCAGCAAUCACCUCCACCUCCAUACUCCAACACAGGUAACCUCAUUAGGCUAUAGAGCUCAAUGACCCAAAUGUCCCAUUACCACUGCCCAAUCACAGCUUAACAUGGAUAACCUGCCUGCAUUCUAAAUCGACGUUGUUUUUACCCCACCCCCACCAGCCUCUCUUUUAGAUUUCGGAGGCCGGGUCCCUGCGGCCCAGCCUACUGCAGACCUGUGGGGAGACUUCACAGCGGCUGGCGCCAGGUCAGUCUUAGAAGAGCUAAUGGUUUAGACUGAAGAAGUUGGCAGGCCUUCGGAAUGGUGUUGUAACAAGGGAAACUGACUAGGGAUCACAGGGUUACUAGCUCAAAUCCCUGAUGGGUUCAAGUCUCUCAUCUCCUUGAGUGAAGCUUUUAAACAGUUUGGGGAUGAUGGCAUUUUAUUGUCUUCCAUCCAUCCAUGUUGUUGUUGUUAUUGACUUUCUCACAUUUGUCAUUAUCCUCAUCAUCCUCUCUGCAUCUCCACUUCUCCACAGCUCCAGUCAAGACACUGCUAAAGGAUGGGUGCAGUUUUAG